AUGAUUGUCGUGUUCCGCCUGGUCGUCGUUUUCGCCGUCAAAGCCGUCAGGAUUCACAUUCUUCUGCUGUGUUCAGCCAGGACUGUAUUGAUACUGGCAUGGAAGAUGUCGACAGUGGCGCCAAGUGCAGUGCAGCAGGAAGCUUCGGGGGGAACGGUGGACACCACCAGGGACAGCGGUUCAGCGAGCCCAGCGGAGGGUCGGGAAAGUUCAGCGCCUACAACGGAAGGAGGCGAUCGCCAAAGUGGGUCCUCCAGCCCAGCGCCGUCCACGAGUCCAUCCCCGUCGAAGGACAAGACACCGAUGUGUCUCGUGAACGAGCUUGCUCGCUUCAACAAUGUGCAGCAUCAGUAUCGCCUUGUUGAGGAGCAGGGGCCGCCCCAUAAGAAGACCUUCACCGUCAUCCUCAAGCUCGGCCUGUCCGAAGAAUACACUGCGAGUGGGAGCAGCAUCAAACGAGCUCGACACGCCGCCGCCGAGAUGGCAUUACAAAAAACCGCACUCAAGCAUCCAACGCCAAAAACCAAUGGAAAGGGCUCCAGCGGACCACUCACACCCACCGUCGAGCUCAAUGCUCUAGCCAUGAAACGUGGAGAGCCGGCCGUAUAUCGUGUGGUCGAAAUUCCACGUAUUCCGUCAGCCUACCUCCCGCCAUUGAACUAUCGCGGGAGUUUGGCUUAUGCCCGCUAUCAACCACAUUACCCACCCCGUUUACCACCCUCCUACCGCGCCAUUCUCGACGUAGGCGAGAGGAAGUUCAUCGGGGAAGGUAACACUGAACAGGCUGCCCGUCAUUCUGCUGCGGAAGUUGCCUUGGCGUUCUUGCGGAGCUUGCCGCUCCCGGAAACGACGAGGAAAUCCGUGGCAGUGAGCGAGGACGAGGAUGACGAUGGGAAAAGUGCCAUAAGCGUGGUCUACGAGAUCGCGCUCAAAAGAAACCUGCAGGUGGAAUUCGAGGUGGUCAACGAAUGCGGUCCGCCGCACAUGCGGAAGUACACCACACGAUGCACUGUGGGCGAUGUAUCCACCGAGGGAACCGGAAACGGGAAAAAGAUCAGCAAGAAAGAGGCUGCCGAGAAAAUGGUCAUCGAGCUCAAGAACAGCACAGGAACAACUGUCAACAUGAUGAAUGCGACCGCCACGAAUAACUCCGCUGCCACGGCAAACGUCAUCAAAGAAGCCAGUCCCGAACAGAAAAAGACCACCACCCCGAGAAAGAAGAGUAAAAAUCUGAUCAAAGAGCAGAAACCGGACGGUACUUUCUAUGGGCAGGGCAUCAAUCCCAUUUCCAGACUCAUCCAAAUCCAACAGGCGAAGAAAGAAAAGGAACCCGCGUACACGGUGCUCUCGGAGAAAGGCGAACCGCGCUCGCGGGAAUUCGUCAUACAAUGCAGUCUCGACGGAGGAGCCAUUCUCACUCAAGGAACCGGUCCGAACAAGAAGACUGCAAAGCGAAAGGCGGCCGAGGCCAUGCUGCAACAGCUCGGAUACUCGAAGCCACAGGCGCAAGAGGCGGGACUGAAUCGGGAUGAAACAGAAAAUGUCGAUCCUACCAACCUGAACCGUCACGAGGCGAAAUCCAACAAUUCGAAGUCUGGGCAAAAGACUCUUGCGGAUAAGCAGGUCGCCAUAGCGAAGGAACUGUUGGACAAUGGGGUAUCCGUCACCGCCAUGGAAAUGGGCUCCCCAGAACGACAGACCUCGGCCAUGGCUCCCGAAACAGGGUCCCUCAUCAAACCUAGGGACCAGCUGAACUAUCUCGCCAAAGUACUGGGAAUUCGCGUGUCCUUCAUGAAUUUUCCGAAGGGCAACGAGUUUCUGUCUCUGGUUGCGCUCACCUCGAACCCUCCACAGCAAUGUCAUGGAUCCGGACGCACGGUCGAAGAAGCCCAGGACAAUGCAGCUCAUUCGAUUCUCAUAACGUUGGCUCAGCUUGGAAUUGAUUCGAUUCAGAGCAGUAACAAUAACAACUCUAGCACCAAUAGCCGAGCGACUACAGCGAACUCGGCUGCCUGA